AUGGGUAACAUGGCAACCGAGAUCGUUGGCUUUCUGUUGACCGUCUCCGGCUGGGUCCUGACCUCCUCCACUCUGCCCACGGACUACUGGAAAGUGUCGUCGGUGGAUGGGACCGUGAUCACCACGGCAACCUUCUGGUCUAACCUGUGGAAGACGUGCGUGACAGACUCCACGGGAGUUUCCAACUGCAAGGACUUCCCAUCGAUGCUGGCCCUGGAUGGGUAUAUCCAGGUGUGCAGGGGCCUGAUGAUCUCAUCGGUGUGUCUGGGUUUCUUCGGGGUCAUUCUGGCCCUUGUGGGAAUGAAAUGCACUAAAAUAGGAGGAUCCGAAAGCACCAAAGCCAGGAUCACCUGCCUAUCUGGCCUCCACUUCAUCCUCAGCGGGAUCUGUUCUAUGACGGCAUGUUCCCUGUACGCACACAGGAUAACGUCGGAAUUCUUUGAUCCCCUGUUUGUGGCACAAAAGUUCGAGCUGGGGGCGGCGCUCUUUAUCGGGUGGGCGGGGUCUGUCCUCUGCGUCCUGGGCGGGUUCAUCUUCUGCUUUUCGGUGACAGAGGGUUUCAGUAUGAGUCGUGAAUACUCUUACAACGGGGCCACAUCCUUCAUAUCAACACGGCACAAAAGCACAAAGGCUUGUGAGAUUCCCAGUAAAGAUCUCUCCGAGCAGGCAGCCUCCUCCAGACAGUUUGGGAAGAAUGCCUAUGUUUGA